AUGGUGGAGGAAGGCGGAUCGGACGUGAUCGUCAGGGCGGCGUCUGUGGACUCGAUGGAAUCUCGCUGGGUGUUCCAGGACUCCGAGGAGGAGGAGGGGGAGGAGGAGGAGGAGGAUGAUGAUGACGAGCCGCAGCAGCGGCAAGGAGGAGUGCCUGACUAUGAUGACUCCGCCGAGCAGAAGUUGAUCCGGACCGGGCCGCGUGUAGAUUCCUUCGACGUCGAGGCUCUUGAGGUCCCCGGCGCUCAGCGUAAUGAUUAUGAGGAUUUUAGCUUUGGCAAACAAAUUGUGCUUGCAUUUCAGACGCUUGGUGUUGUCUUUGGUGAUGUUGGGACCAGUCCACUUUAUACUUUUAGUGUGAUGUUCACUAAAGCGCCCAUAAAUGGAAAUGAAGAUGUCCUCGGCGCAUUGUCUCUUGUUAUAUACACAUUAGUUCUGAUCCCUGUUGUCAAGUAUGUCCUUGUGGUUUUGUGGGCGAAUGAUGAUGGUGAAGGUGGUACUUUUGCAUUGUACUCGUUGAUUUGUAGGCAUGCGAAGGUCAGUCUUCUCCCGAAUCAGCUGCCAUCAGAUGCUCGGAUAUCAAACUUCAAACUGAAGGUGCCGUCUCCUGAACUUGAGAGAUCAUUGAAGAUCAAGGAAAGACUUGAAACAUCACUGAUGUUGAAAAAGCUGCUUCUUAUGUUAGUUCUUGCUGGAACUUCCAUGGUGAUAGCUGAUGGGGUUGUUACGCCAGUGAUGUCAGUCAUGUCAGCUGUUGGUGGCUUAAAGGUUGGGGUUGCCCCCAUUGAUCGAGAGAACGUGAUGAUGAUUUCAGUUGCGUUUCUUAUAGUUUUAUUUAGUGUACAGAAGUUUGGAACAAGUAAACUGGGACUUGUUGUGGGACCUGCUUUGUUUAUAUGGUUUUGUUCCCUUGCCGGUGUUGGAAUUUACAAUCUCAUCAAAUAUGAUAGCUGUGUAUGGAGGGCAUUUAAUCCCAUUCACAUCUAUUACUUUUUUAAGAGAAAUUCGACUAAGGCUUGGCAUGCCCUCGGUGGGUGUCUUCUAUGUGCAACAGGUUCGGAGGCAAUGUUUGCUGAUCUUUGCUACUUUUCAGUAGGUUCAAUUCAGCUUACGUUUGUAUUUCUUGUACUGCCUUGCCUUCUUUUGGGUUACUUGGGGCAGGCUGCUUACCUCAUUGAAAAUCAUACUGAUUAUGAGCAAGUGUUCUUCUCCUCCAUCCCAAGUGGCGUUUUCUGGCCCGUCCUACUUAUUGCUAAUGUGGCUGCACUCAUUGCCAGCCGUGCAAUGACAACAGCCACAUUUUCAUGCAUCAAACAGUCAACGGCACUUGGAUGUUUUCCUCGCCUUAAAAUCAUCCACACGUCUCAGAAAUUCAUGGGUCAGAUAUAUAUACCCGUCAUGAAUUGGUUUCUAAUGGUAGUUUGUUUGGUCUUUGUCUGCACAAUUUCAAGCAUUACGGAGAUCGGCAAUGCCUAUGGAAUUGCUGAGCUGGUAGUGAUGAUGAUGACAACAGUACUGGUAACUAUUGUGAUGCUUCUGAUUUGGCAAAUAAACAUCAUUGUCGUGCUGAGCUUUGUGGCCGUUUUCAUUGGGAUAGAAUUGACUUUCUUCUCAUCAGUUUUAUGGAGUGUGGGAGAUGGAAGUUGGAUAAUUUUGGUCUUUGCCGCUGUCAUAUUCCUCAUUAUGUACAUAUGGAACUACGGUAGUAAUCUGAAGUAUCAAACUGAAGUCAAGCAGAAAUUGUCUAUGGAUUUGCUAAGGGAACUGGGUAGCAAUCUUGGGACUGUGAGAGCUCCUGGGAUUGGCCUAAUGUACAAUGAACUAGUGAAGGGUGUACCUGCUAUUUUCGGACAUUUCCUUACUACGCUACCUGCAGUCCACUCCAUGAUCAUCAUCGUGUGUAUUAAGUAUGUCCCAGUUCCUAUGGUACCGCAGGGCGAGCGGUUUCUUUUCCGGAGAGUCUGCCCGAAAAGCUAUCACAUAUUUCGAUGCAUUGCCAGAUACGGGUACAAGGAUGUCAGGAAAGAGAACCACCAGGCAUUUGAGCAACUACUGAUUGAGAGCCUCGAGAAGUUCAUCCGCCGGGAGGCUCAGGAAAGGUCACUGGAGAGUCACGAAGAUGACGAGGAUUCAGAUAAGGAGGAGGCCGCCACUUCCUCUAGGCUUGUGAUGGCUGCCAAUGGUAGCAUGUAUUCACUAGAUGUCCCACUCCUUUCUGAGUACGACGGACAUUCAACCAAGCCCAUGCAGGCAUCAGAAGCUAGCACCUCUGCUGCUCCUUCAACGGAGUUGACCUUAGAUCCAGAGCAGAGUCUCGAGAGGGAGUUGUCCUUCAUUCGGCAGGCGAAACAAUGCGGGGUUGUCUAUCUCCUUGGUCACGGAGAUAUCAGGGCAAGAAAGGACUCCUGGUUCAUAAAGAAGCUGGUCAUAAACUACUUUUACGCCUUUCUGAGAAAAAAUUGCCGGAGAGGGAUUGCAAAUUUAAGCGUUCCCCACUCACAUCUGAUGCAAGUUAGCAUGACCUACAUGGUCUAAUGGUUUCAUUCUCGAACAUCAAUUUGUCAUCCCAAGCUAAGAAAAGAGAAGCGGGGGAAAGUUGAUUGGAAUUUGAAUUGUUUCGACCUCAUUAUUUCGUACAUAUGAUGCAGGACAGGACCUUGGGUUGGGGAUGAAAAAGCCCAGGGUACCGUGCAGGCUUGGAGUCGAGUCUCGGGUAAUAUUUUGGUUGCUCAAUUUUGCUUAUAUUUUUUCGAGUCUCUUUUUCGUUUGCCUGAUUGGAACUUGAUUGGAAUUAUUCAUUAAAGGUAAUCUUGUUAAUUACAAUUACGGUGCCAAAUGUUGAAAUUUGUCCCGUGGAGGCGAGUUUUCCACAGGUUUUCCGUCGAUGGAUAUGCAUGUUUUCAACUCUGAAUGAAUGCCCACAGAAAGGUGAUGACUCCCCUGCACAUCUGAUUACAAGAUAAGGAAAUGGGACCUCAGACAGAACUACGUAUGUGAUCAUACGAGAUAAUAGUUGCAUACACGCGACUAGGGAAGUACCCGCGUCCGACUGAGAUUGAUUGGAGAAAUUUCUGUACAAUGUCAACUGAACUUGCACAGAAAACCCGCCGGUCUAAAAGCCAAAGCUGCUCCAUGAUGAUUAAUUGUACAUUGGACAGGAUUUCUUGAAUGAUUCGCGAAAGAAAAGAUUACGAGGGGCUGUGCGAUCAGCGUAAAGCUUAUGGCCUUUUAGCUUCACUUUUAAGAUGCGUCUUUGUGGAACAUGUAGAAGGAUCCUUGAGGAUUCUUGCCAAUGACAUCAAUAUCGCAUAUCCUCUUGGCAUGAAAUCUUUGUAAGAGUAUCAAAGAUGUUCCGUUCGAAGAUUUGGGACGUUCGAACUGGUCCAUGAUGCUA